AUGAAUACUGCAAUUGAAACAGCCAGAAGAUGGAAAACUGUAAAAAUGUUAGCUUCUGAAUCUACUAAUAAAGAAAAAAUCAUUCAAACCAAAAUAGAGAUUUUAGAAGAAGAUCCAGAUCAGGACCUCAGAAUUAUAGAAGAAAUCUAUCUAGAAAUCAAGAAAGGUACAGAAGAAACACCUGAGAUUAUAAUUAAUAUGAUAGAAGCAGAUCUAGAGAUUAUAAUCAAAAUAAUAGAAGCAGCAGAUAAUAAAGAAACUAUCUCUACCAAUUAUUGGGAUACUCUUUUAAAUAAUACUAGUAUUAAAAGAGCUUUAGCAAAUUAUCUGCAAGACAGUUAUCAUAUUAUUGUACCUACUACUUAUGAGCAUAAUCAGGCUAUAGAAAGACAACUCAUAGUCAGUAAAGUAGAUAAUAACUGGGAUGAAGAAUAUAAGGAUGAAGAAUUAAUCUCUUAUGAAGCCUAUACUUUAGAAGCAGAAUCUAAUAAUAUUGAAGACUCAGAAUGGACUAUAUAUCAACAAAAAUCAAAAAUCUCUCACAAGAAAAACCAGAGAUGUAGAACAUGUGAACAAACUGAUCAUUACUUUGAAGAUUGCUAA